GGAAAGUCAGAAGGCAGCAGCAACUUUGAGUUGUAGUUGGCGGUGUAGCUGGACUGUCCAGUGGAGGGUUUUAACCUGCUGUUGUGUUUAAAGUGGACACUUUUUGAUAUUUGAUUGCUUAAAAAACGAAAAUAGCAAAACACAAAUGUCGCCUUCGGUGUCCCCUCGCUUCUUCAGCGCGAAAGAGGUAGCGAAGCACUGCAGUAAGGAGUCGUGCUGGGUGCUGAAGGGGACGCGGGUCUACGAUGUGACCGAGUUCAUCCGCAUGCAUCCCGGCGGAGAGGCGCUGAUUUUACGCCGCUGCGGGAAGGACAUCAGCCGUGAGCUGGAGGGACCUCCGCACCGCCACUCCGAGAACGCCAGGCGGUGGAUGGAGCAGUACUACAUCGGGGAGCUAGACAGAAACAGCACAGAGCACUACACAGAGACACUAAGGCAGAGAGGAAGCAGACAAGAGCCCAACGAAACAGAAGAAGAUUCAGGCAUUAGCAAAUGCAGCAAAGUCAACGAUGAAACGGAUCUGGUGGACUGGAGGAAGCCUCUGGCCUGGCAGGUGGGUCAUCUGGGGGAGAAAUAUGACGCAUGGGUCCAUCAGCCCGUGGACCGACCGAUCCGACUGUUCGAGAGCGACUUCUUUGAGGCUAACACCAAAACUGCAUGGUACAUGGUUCCUGCUGUGUGGAUGCCGCUGGUUAUUUAUCUGAGCUGGUACUGCUACAGCUUGUUGGCACAAGGAAGCACCAGACUGUUUAUAGCAUCAGAUUACUCCAUCCUGAUCCAUAAGUACAGCUUCCCCUUCAUCUUCCUGGUGGGAGUGUUCAUGUGGUCCUUUGUGGAGUACUGCAUCCACCGUUUCCUCUUCCACAUGCGUCCUCCCGCACACAACUAUUACCUGAUCACUCUGCACUUCCUGCUGCACGGACAGCACCACAAGUCCCCUUUCGAUGGCUCUCGUCUGGUUUUCCCUCCAGGCAUCGCCUCCAUCGUGAUAGGAGCAUUUUACCUGAUUCUGAAGCAGCUGCUGCCGGAGGGUCUGGGUUUGUCUCUGUUUGUCGGGGGUCUGUGUGGGUAUGUGAUUUAUGACAUGAUCCACUACUACCUCCACUACGGCUCCCCUCGCAAGGGCUCCUACCUGUACGGCCUCAAGGCCUACCACGUCAAACACCACUUCGAGCACCAAAGAGCAGGUUUUGGGAUCACCACCACGUUCUGGGAUUAUCCCUUCAACACAGUUAUCCCAAAGCAGACGUUUUGAAGCCCCGCCUUUUUUCACCAGUGUCUAAGCCCCGCCCCCAACCCCCCGCUGCACCACCGCUCCGGCUUUUACUCAGUGAGGGAGACCUCCCAGCGCCAGAAACGUCCCAAAAUACUUAUCAUCAUCAUCAUCAUCGCUCAUCUGCCAAUAUAGGAGAGGCAUUUGAAUAUUGGAAUUUAUCUGCAUAUUUAUAUCUAAUGAAUCAUGUUCUUUUAAUAAUGUUGGAUAAAGUCUUUGUUAGAGGCAUGGGAAGCCCCCUUCCAAACAUCAUGUACAUAAAGGAAGAGCGAUAUAGGCAAGUGUGAGAGGGUGCGUGGAUGUGAGGAGACAGGAAAGCAAGAAAGUGAGUGAGUGAGCGAGUUUUAGAUGUAAUUGUGAGCUAAAGCGAAGAAGAAGAGAGGAGGUGGGACCCUCCUGUGUCCGUUCAGUGGUCACCAAGGCCGCUGUCAGUGUAGAAGUGUACUCAGGAAUGCCCCACUAAUGCCCCAACACGACCUCACCAUGCUUAUAUAAGGCUUGUCAGUGUUGCUGCUGUCAGAACCCAAAGUCUUCUGUCUUCUCCUGUCGGUUAGACUGCUGCUCCUCUAACGGACGACACUGACAAACUUUUGUUCUUGCAUCAUCUUUUCCUGCCAUUUCUGUCAAUUAUUCUCAGAAACUUUAAGGAAUACUCCUCCAGCGUUUUUCAACCUAUUGUCUAUCAGCUGCACCUGUCGCAUGUGGUCAGUUAGAAUUGACAAUAGUUUUAAUAAAUUAACAGUGUUUUGUGGAUUGGCAGACUUUCAGAUUGACUGUACAAUAAAGAUGCAGCACUUUUGAGCUGCCAUCGUCAUGAAAAAUACUAUAUAAAUAACAUAAAUACCAAAAAAAUGCUGGGGUACUCCUUUAAAUUCAUCAAAGCAAAAUCACACUCUCUCUCUUUGUAUUUCUCUGGGGAGUCUUUGUUUUUUGGUCUGUUAAUGGACACCAAUGUCCCUUCCAUCCCUUUUUUACUUCAUUUUGUAAGAUAAUGCCAACUUGUCCCAGCAAUAGAACAAUAGUCCUAGCCGGGGUGCAGCCACAGCCAUUUGACUCCUUGCGUAACCCGUCAUUAAAAUAUAUUAGUGAGAUGUUAAGCAGUGUUGCUUAAAUAGAGAUUAAAGGAGCGAAACAAUGGCCCCCGGGCCUCCGAAACCGGGAAAUGCAGGUGUGUUGUCAUGGCGACAGAAUCCGAACCCUCGAGGGCGUGACGCCGGGUGUUUGGGACUCUCCUUUUGGGAAGGUGUGGUUGCCUGGUUACCGUAGUUACCAGUUGGCGAUUCGGGGUCACAUAGGGCCGCGAUGUUGUAGGCGUUGCCAUGGCGACCCCAUCCUGGGUUGACGAUGAUGGGUAGUGUCUGACCAGGCCAUGGAGGAGAGCCCAUGUAGUGCCAUCAGCUGAUCUCUCAUCGGUUCACAAUGGUGUCGGUUCAUCCACCUCGUCCAGUGCUGUCUCUCUCUCUCUGUCUCAGGCUUUAUUAAUUAGUAAAUGUGUUCUAUGUCUUUUUUUAUGUUUGUCUUUCUGGAGUCUAGUCCCUUUAUUUUUAACAUUUUUUUGAAGCAGAAGUCACUACAUGUAAGAACUUGCCAAUCUGGUCAAAAGGAAACUGAGGCCUCUUAUACUAACUGCUGAAUAAACCCAUUUAUUCCCAUGGCAUAAUAAAAAAGUGAUGCAUUGGAUUCACCUGAUUAAAAUGUGUGAAUGACCUCAGCACAAUUAUUACAUAUAAAUAAGAAAAAAUGCAAAAUUGUGUUUUGAGAAAUUGAUUCAAUACAUAUUUAACUAAAAAUGAUUCAAUGCAUCAUUUUAUGAGGCCACAGUAAUAUUUAAUAUGUGCCUUAGAGCGCACUCCCUACCUCCCUGCUCCUUCCUACACUCGAAUCAUGUGACCGGUCAGUGGGAUGCAUCAAUUAGGAGAUGUAUAUGUCACGCCGAGGUUUUUGAACGUUGGGUCAGGCUUACAAAUAAAGCAUAUAAUCCAAAAAAUCAAACAUUUAGCAAAGUGUGACUGCGAUAAGAAAGUAACAUGAUGUCCUUCCACCUCCUCCUUGGCCUGCGUCCCGCUGACCGGAGAUUUCUUCCAGUUUUUGAUUAAAGUACAAACAGUAAAUAUAUUUACAUUUGUUUACCUGUAAGCAAAGUUUUAAGAUUUAAUUCAGAGAAACAAAAUCUUUAAAGGAAAUAAAAAGCUAAAAAAAGAUGCCUCUUAUAAAUAUGAAAAUCUGUUUACUACUAUAUAUUUUUAUGUUGCAAUACAUUUCUAUGCAAAUGCAAGUGCACUUGUAAAUAAAUGUGUGUAUAUUUCUGAUGAA